AUGGAGAAAAGAUCACUGUCGCAGCUUGAUCUGCUAUCACAAUUUGACAGCCAACAAAUCUCGGCCUGGAAUGCCACGGUCCCGCCGAGUAUCGAUCGUCGGAUGGAUCAUUUAAUUCUGGAGCGCGUGGAGACCCAUCCAGAUGCGCCCGCGAUCUGUGCCUGGGACGGAGAAUUAACCUACCGUCAAUUCUACGACAAGGCGCGUCUUCUUGCCUACUGGCUUGUCGUUGAUCAAGGCAUCGGUCCCGAGGUAGCUGUUCCUAUUUGCUGCGUGAAGAGCGUUUGGACACCUGUGGCAAUGCUGGCCGUCAUCAUAGCUGGAGGUGUUGUUGUGACUAUGGAUCCAUCUCAAGCUGUUGACCGUCUACGCUCUAUUACUUCACAGCUCAGUCCGCGGUUGAUUCUGGCGUCUGAAACUACCUGGACUACCGCCGAGCAGUUGUCGGGAGCUUCCGUGCAUGUCGUCAACGAGCACCUGUUACAGGGUAUCAUGGGACCUGAUCUUGCCAAAGAUGAUUCUUGGAUUCCUAUUCUGUCACCUGACAACGCUCUCUACGUGACAUUUACUUCGGGUAGUACUGGAACACCCAAGGGAGCUGUCAUCACGCAUGCCAAUGCCUGCAGCGCAAUGACUUACGUGGAUCCCUACAUUGGAUUCGACCAGACAACCCGUGUCCUGGAUUUGUCGUCAUACAGUUUCGAUAUGGUUUGGUACGAAUUUCUUCAUACGUUCUAUGCUGGUGGUUGUCUAUGUGUUCCAUCAGAGGAACAACGUCGCAACAAUAUCGUCGGUGCUAUCCAUGACCUGCGCGUCAACUAUCUUGACAUCACACCUUCUUUGGCCCGAACACUUGAUCCGAAGUCACUUCCCAUGAUCAAGAAAAUUGUACUUGGAGGAGAAGCUGUGCAAAUAGACGACGUCACCCGAUGGGGACCUGAUGUCGAGAUUCGCAACUCCUACGGUCCAUCUGAGUGCACUGUGUCUAGUACCGUUGCCCGCUAUGGAAUCGAAUUCACGACCAGUGUCAAUAUUGGCCCGCCCCAAGGAUUGAAUGCAUGGGUGAUCAGUUGUCUUCAACCUAAUAGGUUGGUUCCUAUCGGAGCAGUUGGCGAGUUGGUUGUGGAAGGGCCCCUGGUCGGACGAGGAUACAUUAACAAUCCUGAUAAAACAGCGGCCGCGUUCAUCUCUGCUUCUCCAUGGCUCCAGGGUGGAGAGAAGCCACUUGUGUCACGCACAAAGGGCCGAUUCUAUCGAACAGGCGACUUGGUGAGGUCCGACAACGAAGGAAGAUUAACAUAUGUUGGCCGCAUUGACACGCAAGUGAAGCUUCGUGGACAACGUGUGGAGCUCGAAGAAGUCGAGUACCACGUACGAAAACUUCUUCCUGCUCUCUCAUACACGGUAGCAGCCGAGGUUGUCGAGAUUCCAAGCUUGCAAGACUCGACUCGACAGUCUCAGCGCUUAGUCGUGUUCCUCUCGCCCACUGGCCCAGCUGAUGUUUCUGAGAGCCUUUCUUCGGAUGAGCCACAUCCACUAUCUGCAGCGAUAGCCAACGACUUGACCCGGAGACUUACACAAAUUCUCCCUCUUUACAUGGUCCCAGCCGCCUUUACGGUGCUACAGCAACUUCCCCUGUCGUCUGCGGGGAAGAUCGACCGCAAGAAAUUACGUGAAAUCGGAGCACGCACCCACAUGGAUAUCGUCCACCAGAGGGGAUCAGUGGAAGAGCCCACGACAGCUACUGAGAGGGCACUCAGGGGGCUUUGGUCUGAUGUCCUCGGCGUAUCAUCGGACGUGAUUGGCAGACAGGAUAGCUUCCUUGAACUUGGAGGCGAUUCUAUCACUGCUAUUCGACUUGUCGGGGCUGCUCGGGCGACCGGCCUUCCCCUUUCUGUCUCUGCCAUCUUCCAGCACCCUAUUCUCGACCAAAUGGCAGAAAGUGUGGCUGUUGCAGCUGUGAAAGAUACUCCCAGUAGCAAUGGACAUGUUCUUGCAUCUGACACUGCUGUCAAAUUGCUCCCACAGAUCGCCGAGGUUGCCACCGAGUUGGAGAUCACGGAUGAUAUGAUUGCCCACAUUCUCCCAGUCACAGAGUUCCAACGCUAUGCCGUUUACUGCGCUUUCCAAAAGCCCCGUACGGAGUGGAAUUACUUUACAAUGUCUUUCAAGGAUGAGUCUGCUGCUCCAAGGCUGAAUGAUGUCUGUAAGCAGCUUGUCUUGUCACUGGAAAUUCUAAGGGCUGUUUUUCUACCUUAUGGCCAGGACGGAGAAUUUGUGCAGGUCAUCUUGCACAACUUGGAACCCAAGGUCGACACCCAUCACAUUCAAGGCAAAUCUUUGGAUCAAACAUGCGAAGAGGUGUGUAUGGAAGACCUCAAGAAGGAAGUUUCUCCUGGCGCCCCCUUCGUGAACUUCUCCAUCCUGCACUCAGAGGACACUGAAGAGACUCGGCUAUUGAUGGGAAUUUCUCACGCCUUAUACGAUGCAAUCAGUCUUCCUCGAAUGGCAGAAUGUAUCAGCUCACUAUAUCAAGAUCAUCCAUUGCCUCCCUUGUCUGACUUCUCGCCUUUUGCUCGAAUCCAUUCAUCUCCCUCUGCGUUCAAACACUGGCGUACACUGCUGGAGGGUGCUCCAAUCCCUGUCUCCGUCAUUGGCGGUCAUGAUAUAGUGCUGAAGCCAGGGAAGCGUACCGAACUGCGUAAACUUGUCCACUUCUCACAUUCUUCGAAAGACCUCACAGUCGCGACCAUCUUCACAGCGGCAUGGGGCAUUGCCUUAGCUCAAACAACUGGCAAAGACGACAUUGUCUUUGGCCGCGCCGUGUCAGGACGCACACUGGCUUCUUCGGAUAUAGAUAUUGAGAAUGUCAUCGGUCCCUGUCUGAACCUUGCUCCCGUGAGGAUGAGGCUGCAUUCGACAAGCCCGGAUGGCAUCAUUGAAUCACUUCAAUCUCAGUUUAACGCCUCGAUUGACCACGAGACAGUCGGGUUGCCUGAAAUUGCAAAACACUGCACAGACUGGCCAUCCCACGUGAAUUCAUUCGGCGCGGUGAUCUACUUUCAGAACGCCAAGGAACAAUCACAAGCAAGCCUCGACGGCUCCUUCACGCCAGUCCCGCUUGAUCGUCCGGAUCCUCCAGAGCCAGCGCGACUGAACGUGUGGCCUCUUGGAGAUGGUCUUGGAGAUGGGUCUUUUUAUACGCUAGAAUUGUUGGUGCCAGAGAUAGAAGCCACGGAAACAGAGGUCUGGUCUGGGCUCCUAGACCGGACAGUGCAGUGGUUGGCCAAUACCCAGGAACUGUUGAACAGAACUAAGUAG